CACAACCUGUACCGUGAAAUCGGUGUCUAAAAUUUUUCGUGUCCAAAUCUUAAUUACAUCCAGUGAAAUUUAUCUUGCCAGUGGGCCAUGUAUUUUCCAAAGAUGAACAAUAAUCAAAUCAACAGGCCGCAGAGAUAUAUCUCCAGAAACCAGCUCACAAUAAUCAGAUCUGUGUAAUGCAGGUUAUUCCAGCUAGAAGUUUCGUAGAAGUGAAAUGCUAGAAUUAUAUAGCUUUGAAAAAAAUCGAGUUUACCCAGAGUUAAGCUAACUAGCUACAGCUACAUUAUGAUUAGAUCCCCCCCCCAAAAAAAAAAAAAACACAACAACAACAACAACAACAAACAAAUAACACACACACACAUAAACAGACACCAUGACAUGACUGCUAAAAUGUAGCUAUUAUAGCUAAACAUGAAUUAAAUGUCUUCUCUCUUUCUUAAUAUAGGUACACCACGUGCAAUAUUCUUUCUGUCAUGGAAUUUUAUGUGAAACCCUGAUGGAUACAAAUUUAUAAAGUGUAAGUGGGAUGCUAAAACAAGGAAAAGGAGCCUUGUUAAGAUGACUCAAAACUUUAAUGUGAACUAGAAGAUGUAUGGUACCAAAAAUUACACAUGGAAAAAUUUAGCUAGCUAUAUAAAGCUAUGGUAAGUUAUUUAUGAUAUAGCUAUUUUUUGAACACAUGUACACACGUGACGACAACCCCCUCAAAGUUUAGUAUUUUACAGAAUUUAUUAGUUAAUUUAGUUUUAGUAAAGUUUAACCAGAAUAGAACAAUUAUUAUGCUAAGUUUCAAUGAAGGUAUUGUUUAUUCCAUAUUAUACAUUCUUGUUGAUAUCUGCAAAUUUCUAUAGUCAACAAGAUACAAACUUUCAAGUCACCUGUUUCAAUGAAUUAUUUGUUUUCAGUAUUUCUGAGUCACUAGAUUUUUUUUAAGGUUUCAUUUGUUUAAGGUAUCUAUAACCUGUAAUUCUUGUGAAGCAACCAAUAGCAAAUAAAAUAAGAAUAUUUCACAAUGACUAACCAACCAAAUUUUAUCUAUCAUGGAUAUGGCCUAAUAAGGAGUUCAAUUCUUCUUUAUUACUUAUAAGUUUCUGACAUGGUUUUAUUAAUAUUCCACAGUUAUACAGGUAUAUCAUUGGUUCAGUUGUUGUGAGAAAUCCGUAAAAUAAGUAGUUUAUAUGAGUAAUUUUCAAAAUAAUUUUAUUAUUUAAUCUGUUCAAUUCAUUCCUGUCACCACAUUUAAAAUGGAAGUAAAUAACGUACAGGAAACACGUUUAGCUGCUUCUGAAGAUGUUGGUAAAUCCAAAUCUGAAGAUCAUUCAAUCUUUCUUAAGCCAUUAACCUUGGAGGUGUAUCAACAGCAGUCGCAGCUCCAAUACAAAGCAGUGGAAGUAAUGAGUGUCAAGAAAAUGAAUUUGAUAAACUUAAAUUCAACACUGCUUUGUUCACAUUGGCAAAAGAAAAGGAAUAUUAUAACCUACAAGCUUUGGAAGCAACAGAGUAUGGUAUUCAUCGCAACAUCCAAAGGCGAAAACCAAAAAAUGAAUCGAUCCCGUUUCGAUUAGUGCUGAUCUGUCAUAAUGCCCCGGGUUUUCAUAUCCAGAGACGCGCUUGAAUUCCCCCGUGUCCACAAAAAGACUAUUUUUGAUCUCAUUUCAUGAAAACUAAUCUAUUAUUAGUUCUCACGAAAUAACAGAAAGACUAGCGCCCAAAUUUAACCCUUGUGGUGCGGAUCCCGUAUAUAUACGGCAUAGCCACGGACGUUUUACAGGCCCGCCCCCAGCUGCGUCACACAAGCAAUUUCAACAAACUGGUUUUGCUCAAAUCUGGUAGUACAAAACACUGCCCUUUGAAAAGAAAGUCGGAGUCUAAAAGCGCUUUGAUGUGCGGCCCUACAAAAUCAAUAAUUCAUUCAAAUAAUCUCUCCGCAAAUUUUGCCAAGUCCAAGAUUGUUGAUCAUGUCACGGGCCACCAAAGCACACAAAUUCACCCAAACACAGUUUUGUGUCACGGCACACCUACUUAGCGUGCGCCCAAAUGCAUUUGCUACACAUCCAAUGCUCGCAAUCCGUUCUUACGUUAAACUAAAGUCAACUAAAGUCAACAGGUCCGGGGGGGUCCAGGGGGCAGUGCCCCCCCCCCCCUGGCAGGAGGCGACGAACGCCAAGACGCAAAUUUGUGGAGGCCAAAAAAAAAGUUUAGGACUUUUUUUUUCAAAUAAGCCUGAAGUGAGCAUUUAGUUGCUUUUUGUUCUUGAGUUAUAGUCAAUUAAAGUAGGAAUAAAAGUUGUGUAGAAGUUCUGUAGUACAAAAUUACACACCAACAAGAAUCCGAAAUCUUUUAACUUGCAAAGGCUUUUCAUUUUUGGCUGAUUUAAAUGCAUAUUAAUUUCAAGUUAACGGGCAUGGAUAUGUUUCAUCCUGGACAAACACGUACGUUUUUGGAUAUCUUCUGUGUACCAUAUUUGAUAGCAACUUUGUGGGUCAAAUUUGCAGGAACACACACAUGAAUAUAGUGUUCCAGAUCUAAAUAUUUUUAGUGGUUUGUUCCUUAAACACACCAUAAAUCAGGAGACACUUCUGCUCUUCAAACCGACCUAAUAGAGGCAUUUUAAAGCACAUUCGUGAACUAAUCAAAGAGAAUUAUGAACCAGAUAUUACAACUGACGAAUCUGAACUGGCAAAUAUCGAAAAUGGAAUUAAAAAACUCGAAAUUUCAUUUUUAUUGAUGACGAGGAGGAGGAAGAAAAAACACUGUAAUAAUUCCUAUAAUAUUUUUAACUUUGUUGCUCAAAAUUUCAGAUUAUACUCCAAAGAGAAACUCUUCACUUCUUUGUCUGUCUAAAAGAAAAUCCAUACAUUGGAGAUUUCACACGAGGGCGAAGGUUUUAUCAUGUAAACGCCGCGUCCACCUAUCGACUCAUUUUUUGCAAUGCAAUGCAAACGUUGCUUCUAUUAAUGAUACGUGAAACACGUACUACCUAUGUUGAGAAUGCUGCCUAUUUUAAAUUUCAUAUUAAAUAGUGGUAUUUCUGUCAUACAAUAAUAAACUGGUAAGACGUUGAAAAUAAUUGAACACCCUUUUCGAGUUGCCGACACUCGAGCCCAAAAGGUACAGACAUUUAAAGCUUAUAUCGCAUAAAAUUCACACUAUUCAAAUCUAGUCCAUCUGAGUGCUAUAACACUAUCUUGAUUUUGAGCUUUUAAGGUCGAGUCCCGAAUUUAUUUGAACUAUUUUACCUUCACACUGUGUGUGAUAAAAUUUUAACAAUUGUUUUGAAGAACAUUUGGAUGUUUCAUGUAUCCUUAGGUAUUAGUGUUGUAAAAAUAUACGCUUUAACCAACACAGUGGUGAUUAAUCCAUAUAAAGUUUCUUCCGUACACGUUACCAACUCCGAAUUACAAUAUCUUUUUGCAAUAUAGAUGUUGCUGACGUUAUAAGAGUUCUUGCUAUUGGCAAUCCAUACACAGCAUUUCGUAGAUUUUACUGACACCGACACAGAAAUCUAUAUUUUCUUUCUUUUUUUUUGUGCUUCAACCGUUUCUUCUGUUAAAUAUUCCUGUCGUCUCAUAUCGUUUAUACGGAUACAUAGUAACUAAUCCAUGCAAGGUUUUAUCUUAUAAUUACGAUAUCUUUCUGAUCUGUAUUAUAUAUUUGCUGAAGACCUCUUACUGUUGAUCAAUCCAUACACACCGAUUUUGUCGACUUCUCAAACUCAGCAAUCACGUUUUUUUUUAAAUGCUAACAUUGCUGCCAUUAAGUGUUGGCCGUCUCAUAUCUUUCAGAACUACAUACUGAUUAAUUUAAACAGAGUUUCGUCAGUAAGAACCUAUGGUUACAAAUUCAAGAAUACGAUAUCGAUAAAAUUGUGCCUUAAUUUGAACGGUUUCGAUUAAUUUAUAAUAUAGACUUUUUAGACUUUUUAAUCCGAAGAUAAGUUAUGAAGAAUUUAGCCCUGAAUUUAAAAUAAAACUGUGUUU